CACGAAGGAGUGGGAUUUUGUUUGUGAAGAAAUGUUGGGGAAACCAUCUACACUGGAAGCGUUUUUCAAUGCUAUCAAUGUAUGGGUAGAAAGGCCUCAAGUUAUUAAUCGUCGUCUUACAGGAUCAUCUGUUUUACAGUCGUUUUCAAUUGGAAGUACCUCCGAAUUUUCGUCAAAAUCUUCCAACUCGCUCAAGACGAGAUAAUAACAAAAAUCAAUCUUAUAGGGUUAGCAGAAAGUUGCAGUAGUGAAGUAAAAAAUUUUCAUAAUAAUACCAUUACGGAGGUGAUAAUAAGAGAAAUUUUUCCCCGUGAAACAAACAAGCACAAAAUGUUAGAGGUGAUUGUUGAAGAUGGACAAAACCAAUCCGUAGCAUUUGUUCCAUUUGAAGAGGAAGAAACUACCCAUAAACUUCGUGGUAUUAUUCAGUACUCUUAUAAAAUAUGCUUUAUUGAUAAUCCUGAUCUGAAACAAAGAUUGCGUCUUUCCGUGGCCACGAAGCAUUUCAUGGGAAAUGGUACAACUUGUCCGUCUAUCGAAUGGUUGAGAUCUACUCUUUUGCCCAAACUUUCAAAAUGGAUGAUUAAUGAUCACGUGGGAUCUUCCUUUGGCCAAUCAUUGAGGCUUGUUUCCGUUGAAAAAUAUAAUGAAAAAUACGAACAUUUGAAAUCGAAGUACAAACAUAUUGUUAAGAUGUGGCCCGAACGAACAGAUCCUCAUAAGUUUGUGUAUGAAGAUAUAGGAAUUGCAAGCUAUCUUUUGCUUCUUUGGGAGAACGAAGAAGAUGGAUCUUGCAGCAAACCACAAAAAUUUGUUGACCUUGGAUGUGGGAAUGGUUUGCUCGUUUACAUAUUAAACAACGAAGGACAUAAGGGAAAGGGAAUUGAUCUGCGGUCAAGAAAAAUUUGGGAAUUUUACGAUAGUAAAACUGUUUUAGAGGUCGACACAUUGGAUCCGUCAUCUCUAACUUAUCCUGACUAUGAUUGGCUGAUUGGAAACCAUUCUGACGAAUUAACUCCUUGGAUACCAGUGAUUACAGCGAGGUCUUCCUAUCAAUGUAAAUAUUUUCUUUUACCGUGUUGUUUUCAUGACUUUUACUGUAAGUUUCAAAGAACAAUCUCCAGUAAGAGACAAUAUCGUUCUUAUUUGGAUUACAUCAUAAAAAUUGGCGAAACAUGUGGCUUCGUGGUGAACGAAGAUGUUUUAAGAAUACCAUCUACCAAACGCGUAUGUCUUAUUGGCAAGAGCAGAACUUACUCUGCAGAGAAAUUAAAACAAAUUACGGAUGACAUUACACAAAUGCUUUUAACUUCAAGAUACUGUGGACAUGAUAAAGAUACUGUGCAUGUUUCAGCUCAAGCUGUCAGCGAUGAAAGAAGUCGACCACGAUCUUCGUCACAUGAAAUUGAGAUUUCAUUAACCAAUCAUAGACGAGAAGAAGAGGAUAAUACUCGAGCUAACCAAUCAUCCACCAGAGUUUUCACCCCAAGACGCACUGAAGAAAGUAAAAAUUGUACUCAAGUGGAUAAAGGAAUUUUGGAGGAAAUAAUUAAAACUGUGGCAGCAGAGUUACUCUCAAGAGGUGAAGCAUGUAAUACGCUUUCGUUGAAUGAUGGCGUGCAUCGUCACGAGAAGAAAAAAACGUGGAAUAAAGGAGGCUGCAUGGCGUUGGGUGAAGUAUCAAAAUUAUUUGAUCACGCUCUUCUUCAGCAGUUGCGAUGCGAAGCUGGUGGAAUAAAAACUGUUUUAAGAAACUCUCAUCAGAUUUUCAAAGUGCAAGGAGGAACAGUUGUAUUAAAAGAUUGGAGAGAGGAAAUACAAAACAAGAAACUGCUACAUAAUAAAGUUAAAUAUUGGAAAAGCAAGUUGUGUUGGUUUCAUAGUUGUCAUCCUGACGGAUGUCCUUUAGAAAGUAAUCAAUGUAGUUUUGCUCAUGGCAAUGAUGAGUUACAAAUUUUGGCAAAAACAUAAAGAGCUGUUAUUCUAUCUAGGAAACUGUACGUUUUAUAGUUAGUGACGUUACUUUAUAUGAUAUUUGCGGAUUGAGAAUGUAAGUCAAAUGCAAAGUAAGUCAAAUUUAAAAUGCAAACUUUACAUGAGGAAGAAAGUGUUUAGUUAUGAUCAUUUUUUAGUUGUGAACGUUGAUAAAUCGAUUUCUUAACAUAAACAUUUUGCGACAAAACGUUUUAGAAAGAAACCAAUAUUCUCUUUUGGCUUAAACUAUCGCAAAUUUAGGAAUGUUCGGUAUUAUAUAUGGUUAUAGGUUACCUUAUAAAUAAAAAUGUUUCAAGUUAUCUUGA